CGAUUUUGGUAAUUUUUGAUGAUUUUUUAACAAUUUUAUAGAGAAUACUUUUAAUAUAAACUACACUUUUAGCUAGUAAAUAAAACACGUUUUCUAUAUAUCUCAGAUUCUAUCAUAACAAAAAUCAAGAAUCGCGGUGUCUAAAUUGUGAAACUAGUUACGUUUUGGAUGGCUUAGAGGUCAGAUAACCGCUAUACAUAUGGUCAUGAUGGAUUCAAUUCAUGUAUCAGUAAAUGUAAAAAAACAAAAGGUGCACCCCUCUUUCCACCACGUAGUUAGGUGGUUAUUCCUCAUAAUGCAAAUUUUUGGUUUCAUGCCCAUUCAAGGUGUAUUUGAAAACCGUUUGGAGAAGGUUUAUUUCACAUGGAAAUCCUUUCGAACCAUCUAUGCUUAUCUAACACUUGUUGGACUAUUUUUUAUGACAGCUGAUCAGGUUACAAGAUUUUUUUUAUUCAAAAUUAAACUAGCAGACAUUCAAAGACUUUGGUACUUUUUCAAAGCGUUUUUUGUGAGUAUUUACUUUUUAUCUUUGGCGAAACAUUGGAAAGCGUUUCUGAUAACUUGGGACCAAGUCGAUAAAGACAUGUACAUAUUUGGCAAAACAAAAUGGAUUGGUGGAACUGUAAAAAGCUUGUUGGUCAUUUUUAUCCUGUUGUUUAUAGGAGAUUACGCAUUAAAUCAAAUACAAAGAAUCGAAGACAAGACAGAUAUGUUUUCAAGCUUGCAAGCUUGGAAUCUUUAUCAAGAAAAAAGUAGAUUUUCAUAUAUUUUUGAUCUAGUUCCAUAUGAUUUCUUUUGCGGAGUAUUGCUAAUUUUCGUUCAUCUGCAAGUUCUAUUUGCUGGCACACUACUGGAUAUCUUCAUCAUUACAGUAAGCCUUUCUCUAGCAGGCAAAGUGGAGGUGGUGGGCAAAAGAAUGCAAAAAAUUUCAGCCAGUAAAGUUGUUUCUGAUAAGGUAUGGAUCCACAUACGUGAAGGCUACAAUUGCUUGGAAAUCUUAUGCAGAUACGUUAACUCCAAAGUAGGAUAUGCCAUUAUAAUCUCCUUCAUUGGCAAUUUGGGACUGCUGCUUAUUCAAUUAUUUAACAGUCUGCAUGUGAAAAAUUUGUAUCAAGGAACCUACUUGUAUUACGCUUUUUUCUUUCUUCUGACAAAAAUUGUGGCUGUAUGCAUUUUUGGUUCUAGAAUUAACGAAGAAAAUAAAAAACUGCUGAAGUAUUUGUAUUCUUCGCAGAAUUGUAUUCGAAAUGUUGAGAUCGAUCGAUUAAUUGCUCAGAUAUCUAGAGAUACUAUGGCUCUGUCUGGAAAGAACUUUUUCUACUUGAGGCGCAAUAUUGUAUUAAAGAUCGCUGGUUCCAUCGUUACCUAUGAAUUAGUCGUUAUAGCAUUUGCAGAAAGUUUUCUGGACGAGCGCAAAGUAACCAACAGAACUUCAACUUUAUAAUAUUUCAUAUUUGUUAAUUGAUUAUUUAAAAUAAAAACUAUAUUGUAUACA